ACGCGGACUUGUCGGUGAUACUGGUGUUGAAGAAUACGUUUUGUGUUGAUCUGAGCUACCUAAUCUCUUCAGGACAUGCUUGGCCCUGAUCAAGGCUAUGAUGGUAUGUAUGGACAAGGACCCCCUAGUGUACACAGCAGCCAUGGAGGCCGAGGGUAUCAACCGCAAGGUUAUGACCAGAUACCAGUAGAUUCGAUGCAAGGGUUGGAAAUAGGUGGAGGGUCGACAUAUGGCGCGAUGGACACUAUGGACGUGGCGCACGAGGGUGACCUGAGUUUCGAUCAUUUAGGAGAGCUUCCUGCACCGCCACAAGAUAAUAACCAGGUUGCAGCUUGGUACGACACCGAUCUCUGAAAAUGUGCCAGCAUCGUAUCUCGCCA